UGACCGCACAGGCAGCAUCGCGUGGGAGCCGCGCACGUGCCGACGGGAUCUGACAUGAAUUCGAGCAAAAGUGAUGUGCCGCGCAGAGGAAGGUCCUUCGACUCCAUAAACGCGGGAUUUGAAGAGAAGCAACUCAGCAAUGAGAUGAACAAGUCUACCUUCAGCAAAAUUGAAGAGAACAAGGAUAACAAGAGCUUUUCCUCAGAGAGGGGCCGAGCUGAAAUUAUCUUCUCUUUGAAGAAUGAAGUUGGUGGACUUGUGAAGACCCUGAAACUUUUCCAGGAGAAUCACGUCAACCUUGUCCACAUUGAGUCCAGAAAAUCGAAGAGGCGUAACUCAGAGUUUGAGAUCUUUGUGGACUGUGACACUGAGCACGAGCAGUUGAAUGAAAUCAUCCAGCUGCUGCAGAAGCACGUGAACGUGGUCAAGAUGAGCACUCCUGACAACUCCUGCCUACCUGAAGAAGAUAUGGAGAAUGUACCCUGGUUCCCUAAGAAGAUUUCUGAUCUAGACAUGUGUGCGAACCGUGUUCUGAUGUAUGGUUCCGACCUGGAUGCUGACCACCCGGGUUUCAAAGACAACGUCUAUCGAAAAAGGAGGAAGUACUUUGCUGAUCUGGCCAUGAGCUACAAACAUGGUGAUCCAAUCCCUCGCAUUGAGUUCACCGAGGAGGAGGUGAGAACAUGGGGGGUGGUGUACCGGGAGCUGAACAAGCUGUACCCCACCCACGCCUGCCGGGAGUACCUGAAGAACCUGCCUUUGCUGUCCAAGUACUGUGACUGCAGGGAGGAUAACAUCCCCCAGCUGGAGGACGUGUCACGCUUCCUCAGAGAGCGCACGGGUUUCACCAUUCGUCCGGUGGCAGGCUAUCUCUCGCCCCGGGACUUCCUGGCAGGCCUGGCUUUCCGCGUAUUCCACUGCACCCAAUAUGUGCGGCACAGCUCUGACCCACUGUACACUCCCGAACCGGAUACGUGCCACGAGCUGCUGGGCCACGUGCCGCUGCUGGCAGAGCCGAGCUUCGCCCAGUUCUCCCAGGAGAUAGGCCUGGCCUCGCUGGGGGCCUCUGAUGACUCCAUCCAGAAACUUGCCACAUGCUACUUCUUCACGGUAGAGUUUGGCCUUUGUAAACAAGAAGGAAAGCUGCGAGCCUAUGGAGCAGGUCUGCUGUCUUCCAUCAGUGAGCUCAAGCAUGCCCUCUCUGGGAGUGCCAUGAUCAUGCCCUUCGACCCCCAAAUCACUUGCAAACAGGAGUGCAUUAUCACCACCUUCCAGGACGUUUACUUUGUGUCAGGUAGCUUCGAGGAGGCAAAAGUCAAGAUGAGGGAGUUUGCCAAGACCAUCAAGAGGCCCUUCACAGUGCGCUACAACCCCUACACACAAAGCGUGGACGUGCUGAAGGACACGCCCAGCAUCCACAGCGUCGUGGAGGAGCUGAGGCACGAACUGGAUAUCGUGGGUGACGCACUCAACCGGCUCAACAAGCAGCUCGGUGUCUAACACGGGGGAUCCAUCCUCCGGAACACUUCCCUGAAGCACAGCCAGAAGCCCCACUUCCCCACUCCCAACUUUACCCCUCCAGUCAAAUGGAGAUACUUCCUCGUGCACAGGCAGAACACAAGAUCUAACUCGUACUAUUGUGUCUAGAGGCCCCAUAUAUGUGUUCCCUGUUUCCUCCUUCUGCUGUCUCACACUGAACACCUAAAGGUGCAAAUUAUUGCCCUCACAUAAUUUAAACUGAGCUCAGAUUAUCCAGCCAAAAUAAGUUAGGCAUCAUACCGCUUAUCCAUGUUUCUGACCAGUACUUGGAUAUCAAGGGGAAAAUGCACAGAACGGUAUAAUACAUAGGGAGAUAGGUAAUACAUCUUACCUUCUGCUUUGUUGAAAUAGAUACUUACAUGUGUCUCUGUUAUUGUAUGUAUGCGUGUGGGACUGACACUGCGAUUCCUUGCUUGUACAUAUCUAUUAACAUCAAUGGGGUAAAUGCACAGAUACGUAGUACAUCUUACGAUUUAAAAAUCUGUCACUUCUGUGUGCAUAUCUGUAUGGAUGGCACAGUAUAGUCCCAUGCUUGUAAAUCCAUGGACUGUGGAAGAGUUUGUCUGUCUACAGUGCUGUUGUGACCUUCUCCCUUAUUGCUGCUGUGUGGUUCCCCUUUGACUUGAUUUACACUCUAAAAAACAUGUUGCACCAACGCAAAGUACUUGGUAAGACCCAACACAAUGCCUAGUUAGCCAAUGCAUCUUAGUCGAAUAAAAAUCUUGUCCUUCUUCACAAAUUUUCUGCUACAAAUUCAGUAUAUAAGCCUGUAGGUAGAUUUUCAUGGGUCAUUGACAACCCACCCCUGUUAAGAAUGAAGUGUAGAUUUCAAUAAUUUCAUUUAUAUUCCAACAACUACUUUUUUUAGAUAGCUUGCAUGCUGUCAAGUGACUUGCAACAAUGAGAUGUGUUUUAAUUAACCUGUUUUUGCAAACUUUGCGGACACAAGCUUUAAGGUGUGGUGUAAUUCUACGCAGUCUAUAUAUUACAUUAUAUAACUUGCUGCAUUUCUGCACAAAAAAAAAAUGCAUGUCCCAUUGCAGAACUGUGCUACAGCAGUGUUUUUGAUACUGACUAUUUUAACUGGAAAAACAGGCAUAUGUAUUUUUAGGAAUGUAUUUUGCCUCAGAAGCAAAGUACAGUUUACUGGUAGUAAAGACUAAACAGUAUCAUAAGUUGAAUAAAUAAAAAAAUACAAAAAUA